UAAAUCCUUGCAUUUUCUCAAGUCAUAAUGCUUGUGUAUAUAACGAAGCUAGUUCGAAGUUUCAUAGCAGAGGUAUGCGAACCGAUUUACUGUCUGAUCUAUGGACACGACAAUGAUCACAUCGCAUGGAUUCGGCUGAUGCGUAGAUUGUGCAGCUUCUUGACGGGCGUGGUGCUGGCCUAUUUGAUGUGGAUGCUCUUUGCAUUCAGCAGUCAUUUCGGCAAACUGUAUGCCGCAGUUGUGCCAGAAUGGGUGGUGUUGGUGGUGUUUCUGCUGUUCAACGGACUCGCCUAUCUGCUCAGUCGCAGUGUGCGUGUGGUGACAUUAUUGAUAUUUGUCGGUCUGCUGGGCAAUGCGGGCCGCAGCUAUCUUCGUGCGACGGCAUUUGCGCUUGUGAUUUCGGGCCCCAUUGACAAUCUGGUGAGGAAUGCCGGCGAGGUGGCGCGAGUGUUUGCCUGCACUACGAUACUCACAUACAAUUUGACCAAGACCCGUUUCGAUCUGAUGGCCAAACCCUUUACGAACACACUGCAAACGAUGAAGGAAGACUUGGACGAGAUUCAGGGCAACUUUAAGGAGCUGCAGACCAUUCUCGAAGAUCUCAAAUACGGCGUGGAGUACACGGACAUCGAGGAUGAUAAAUUCGGCAACAGCAAGCAUCGCCGAGCUGCCAAUGCGACCAACGAGUUUUCUAACAAUUCCAGUUACCCACUACCCAAAGCUUCUGCAGUGCAGGCGAAGUUUGUGCGAAAUAUGCGAAAUCGCUGUAAACAUCAGCUGCGUAGUGGUCAUCAUGUUUGUCGGGAAAUAUUUCUACAGGGUUAUCGCAAAUGUGCUACCAAUUUUCCCGACUGGCUAGCCAGUGUCGUUUGCUGGCCCUAUCGCGUCGAUAUUAUAUGCAGGGUCAAUAUUUUUGGAAAUCCAGAUAAGUUGUGCGAUGCCUCAAAGGUUGUGCCCUCCAACUUCGGCGAGACUUAUGUAAAUCUGUUGGUCGCGGAACAUCAGCUGUAUGAUAAUAGCUCGAAUAUUGAGAUCACCUAUCAGAUGCAGAACGUGACCACGUCAGAGCAAUUGCUUAGUGCUCAAGAGACAUCGGAGCAGUUUAUCAAGGAUUUUGAGCGCAGGAGGCGUACACUUAGUUUUGUGAUGAUGAUUAUUGAGAAAUUUCUGUACCUGUUCAUUUUGGGCGUGAUUUGUACAUCGAUUCGAUACCAUUACAAAUAUUGUAUCAAUGUGGAAUUUGAUAAUUUUUACAUAACGGACUAUUUCAAGCACGUGGAUGCACGCCGCAAGCUGGCACAAAAACCUUCGCUUUUACCCUUGCGCAGCCAUGAGAGGCCCAUGUUUGUGGAUGUGGAAGAACUUAACAGCCGUACCGACAACGAGAGAAGAACUGACUUUUUCCAUUUGUUGCAGCUAUCACUGGAGGUUAUUACAGCUGGUAUAUUCAUUCUGCUAGAUCGACUGGUUGUUAAUCUACUGCGAAUUAUUCACAAACGCUCGCUGAUCACCUAUCAACAGGAGGGUGAGCACGAGGUUCGCUUUCGUAUCAAUGGCACUGGACUGAUGGCACGACUGCUGCGCACCACAAUGAAAAACUUUAAUAUACACGAGAGAGUCUCGACAUCCUUGAGCAAUGAGGAGUGUCUGCCAAAGCCGCAUGUGCUGCCGCGAAGCUUUUACAUCAAAUUGUUGCUACUCUAUUUGAUCAUCCUGAUGCUUGUCUAUGUGAGCACCACCUUCCAGCGGUUGCGUCGCGUCAUUUGCAGUCACUUCUAUUACAAGCGGGAGAAAUGGCGCAUACUUUUUCUCUACAGUUCCAUUCUGCGCUGUCGCCACUCCUAUAGGGAGGUGAUGCGCAAGAGGGCCGAAGAGAAUAUGGCCUCAAGGCAUGUUCAGGGCAGAAUCAAUAUAUGCCUGAUCCUGCGCUUGUCCUAUCCGAAAAUAUUUGGCUGGCUAGCCAAUUACAACUGCGCCAAGCGCAGUUGCCUCACUUGCAAUGCUCGGGAGGACAACAAAUUUGUGUUCUGUGAAAAUUGCGGCAUGCCGUACUGUAGGGACUGCUGUAAGGAACUGAAAACGUUGUGCGUCUACUGUGAUGAGUUAAUGCACCAAGAACCGGCACCUGAACUCAGUCCAAAUGCUCAUAUUCAUCGCAAGAGAAAGUAAUUAGCCGAUGGCGGAAAAUGUGUGAAAAUAUACUGCCCAGUUGUAUGGAAAAGUAUGUUUCUGUAUAAACACUCGGCAAUUACCUUCUUUACUAUUUCCAAGCGGGUCAUGUGGCUCCUUUGCGAAUAAUCGCUUGGAAAUAAAGCUUUCGUAUAAAAUCACUUCUAAACCUUAUAUCUAAUAUUCGCUGCUGAUAGCAUAUGCUUAUAUAUAGAAACAGGUACAUACAGACAUAUGUAAUUAGUGUUUAUUCUCCGAAUGCAUAUACAAUUUCUUUGACUCGGCACGUAAUAGGAUCUGCGCGGUAAUUGUCCAUUUUCCAGUCUGCAGAACUUAAUUCUUCGUAGUUUUUAAGUGUGCUCGUCUCUUUUUGCCGUUUCAAGUAUCUUGAAAUGCGCCUGCAGCGAUGUCUGACGGUUUGUCUGCUGUUUGGCAACAUUUCUUCAGCCAUCCGUUCAUCCUGUUGGAUCACCCUUUUAGUCUUUUGCCGCUUUAUGCUGUGCUGUCCUGUCCUGGGCCUAAUAUAAUUAUGCACAUGUCUAGGGUUCCGCAAAAGUUGUUCGCUGUUGUCCUUAGACAAACUUUAGCCAGGCAUUAUGCAGCCCCUUUACUGAUUCGAUUAUGUCUGCAGAAAAUUUCAACACACU